CAGUACGUACAUUCGAUACAUAGAUCCAGUGCCGGUGAUCUAUCAAACCGGCACGCACAUACGGUGACAGUGCUUCAGAGACAUAUCAUCAGAAAUGGAGCCUCUCAGAGACCAUGGUGCGAGCCGCUUGCUGGUCGCCGCCGUGGUGCUGCUGUGGCUGAGCGGCGCGGCUCGGGGCCAGCUGAGCGACGACUUCUACGACGACAGCUGCCCGAAGCUGGAGAGCAUCGUGCAGGCGCGCGUGGCCGCCGCGAUGAAGGCCGAGAUACGGAUGGGCGCCUCCCUGCUCCGGCUCCACUUCCACGACUGCUUCGUCAACGGGUGUGACGGGUCGAUCCUUCUGGACGGGGCCGAGAGCGAGAAGCUGGCGGCGCCGAACCUCAACUCGGUGAGGGGGUACGAGGUCAUCGACGCCAUCAAGGCCGACCUCGAGAAGGCCUGCCCGGGGCUCGUCUCCUGCGCCGACGUCGUCGCGCUCGCCGCUAAAUACGGCGUACUCCUCAGUGGAGGGCCUGACUAUGAUGUCCUUCUGGGAAGAAGGGACGGGCUGGUGGCGAACCAGACCUUGGCCAACAACAACCUGCCAAGCCCGUUCGACAACAUCACCGUAAUCAUACAGAGGUUCAAGGACGUCGGUCUUAAUACAACAGACGUGGUCAUCUUAUCAGGAGCCCACACGAUCGGGCGGUCGCGGUGCGUGCUCUUCAGCGGCCGGCUGGCCAACUUCUCGGCGGCCAACUCGGUGGACCCGACGAUGGACCCGGCGCUGGCGUCCAGCCUGCAGCAGCUGUGCCGGGGCGGCGAUGGCAACCAGACGGCCGCGCUGGACGCCGGCUCCGCGGACGCCUUCGACAACCACUACUUCAAGAACCUGCUGGCCAAGAAGGGCCUCCUCUCCUCGGACCAGGGCCUCGUCUCCAGCCCCGACGGCGCCGCCGCCACCAGGGCCCUCGUGCAGGCCUACAGCUACAACAGCCAGCGCUUCCUCUGCGACUUCGGGGACGCCAUGGUCAGGAUGGGCAACAUCGCCCCCCUCACCGGCUCCGCCGGCCAGAUCCGCAAGAAAUGCAGCGCCGCCAACUGAGCCGGCGCCACUGCAUCUAGCUUGCCGGCGAAGAAGACAGAUGCUGCAUGCACCUGACCUUGGUGCAUGCCCAUCUCGCGUUGUCAACAGUCAUCAUAUCGUGCGUCUGGAUGCGUACGUGUACGUGUACGUUCGUGUGAAGGUUGUCCUGUGUACCGUUUCGUCGGGUUCAAGCUAGCUAGGAUUCUCCAGCCAGGAGUAAUAAGCUGGCUCGUACAGUGUGUCGGUUGACGGGUGAGUGAGUGGUACUGUGGUAGUGCCUAUCAGGGCUGUGUGAUAGUAGCGCACAAAAUGAAUAAUGGAAUGUGUAGCUAGCCGCAUGAA